AUGGAUUCUGGCUCUUCAGACUUGCAAGACCUAAUGGUAAAACGCAGUUCUAUUAAGGGUCAAAUUACAAAAUUUAAAAAUUAUAUAGUCAGUAUUUCGUGUAAGGAGAUAUUAACUCCAUUAGAGUUUAGUGAAUUAACAAUUAAGCUCAGUAGAUUUGAAUCGCUUUCUAGCCGGUUUGAUACAUUGCAAAAUCGAAUAGAGGUUUUAAAUUCUAGUAAUUUAGAUAGUGAGAUAGAUGAGAGGGAUGAUAUGGAACAGUUAUUUGUGACUAAUACGGCCGUUGCUCAGAGUAUUAUUCAGAAACAUCAACAAAAUAACCAUAGAGAUGAUAGUAAUUAUAAAGACCUGAAUUCUACUCAAAUGUCGUCUCCUGCUGGUCAGCAUGAAUUGGGAUUUAAAAUACCACACGUACAAAUUGCCAAGUAUGAUGGGACCUACUUCCGGUGGCUUGAAUUUAAGGACACAUUCUUGUCUAUUAUUCAUAAUAAUGAGCGUAUUGCACCAAUUCACAAAUUUUAUUAUUUAACUUCUUAUUUAGAAGGAGAUGCAGCUCGUGUAAUAUCUAAUUUGGAAGUAUCUAGUAAUAAUUACGAAACGGCUUGGAAUUUAUUGUGUGAGCGGUAUGACAAUAAACGCCAGUUAAUCAAACAUCAUUUAGAUUCGUUAUUGAACCUUCAAAACAUAGUCCGUGAAUCUGAUAAGGCACUUAGAUUUUUAGUUGAUCAUGUGACAAAGAAUUUACGAGCAUUGGGCAACUUGGGUCAACCCACGGACAAGUGGGAUAUUUUAAUCAUACACAUCAUGAGUUCAAAAUUAGAUAAUAAUACUCUUCGAAAAUGGGAGGAAUGGCGUGGUACAUUGGAUGACAUUCCUAAUUUAAAACAAUUUAGUAAGUUUUUAAUCGAUCGUGCUGACGUUCUAGAAUCAUUAAGUCGUAGCUCUACCAGUAAUAAAUUUAUUUCUUUGCCAAAGGGAUCUAACUCCAAAUUUGAAAGACCACAUAUUAAAUCGUUUGCUUGCACCAACGAAGUAAGUGCUCCUUCUAUAUCUUGCGUUAUAUGUAAUGGAAAGCACCGCAUUUAUGACUGCACUUCCUUUAAAGCUAAGGACAUAGAAGAACGUAUAAAUGAAGUACAUAAGUUAAAAUUAUGUAGCAAUUGCUUAAGGUCGGGUCACGCAACACGAAACUGUCGCUUGGGACCUUGUCGCAUUUGCAAAAGGAGGCACAAUAGUUUAUUACAUCGCUCAGUCACUGACGUAAGUACAUCUUCCUCACCACCGCAAUCCUCUCAUAACGCUACUGAUACAAUUGUUAAUUUGGCAAAUGAAAAUGUCUCUCAAGUCUUAUUGUCCACUGCUUUAAUAGAAGUAGUUAAUCCGAUUACACUCCAAAAGGAAAGAGUCCGUGCAUUGUUAGAUUGCGGCAGCCAAUCAUCCUUCAUGACGAAUAAUCUAAAAAAUAGAUUGUCAUUAAAAUCAAAUAGUAAUCAGUUGGUUAAUGUUAUUAGCGUAGGUAAUAAUGUUUUUAAUAAGGUUACAGAAACUUGUGUGGCGCAGUUGAAAUCUUUAACAAAGCCAUUUAACGUCACAUUGGGUUUCCUAAUAUUACCAGAAAUAACAGGCGAUUUACCUAAGGCAAAAAUAGACAUAAAUAAUAUUAAUUUGCCUAACAAUGUUAUCCUUGCUGACCCUAACUUCAACCAUCCAGCACCCAUUGAAAUCCUAAUUGGUGCCGAUAUUUUUUGGGAUAUCCUAGGUUGUGAGCAGCAUUCCUUAGGUCCGAAGCACCCUAAAUUAAGGAAUUCCCAAUUUGGUUGGUUAAUCUCUGGUCCCAUUUAUACCAACUUCUGUUACAAACAAGCUAGUACUCAAUGCCAUCAUACCGUAACUACAAAACCAGAUGAUAACAUUCAUCAAGAGCUCACUAAGUUUUGGGAAAUCGAAGAGGUUUCACUAAAAUCACUACUUAGCGAAGAGGAGAAGGCAUGCGAAAGGCAUUUUUUAUCACAUACUACUAGAUUAAAUACAGGUCGUUUUUGCGUUCAUCUUCCUGUAAAGGAUUCUCCUGAUUGUUUAGGCGAAUCAUAUACCUUGGCUAAAAGGCGUUUAGUAAGUUUAGAAAGAAAAUUCAGAAAGCAAUCAAGUUUGAAGACACAAUAUAUUGAAUUUAUGCGAGAAUACUCAGAAUUGGGACAUCUCUCCGAAUGUACAUUAACUGAAUAUGAUGAAGCUUAUUUUUUAUGUCAUCAUGCUGUGUUUAAAGACACAAGUGAAUCGACGAAAAUAAGGGUUGUGUUUGAUGGUUCUGCUCCAUCGUCUUCAGGCCAGUCUAUCAAUGACCUUCUUAUGGUGGGGCCCAAUAUGCAGGAUACACUUUUUUCUAUUUUAAUUAGAGCUCGUCAACAUAAGUAUCUCCUUACUGGAGAUGUAGAAAAAAUGUAUCGACAAAUUCAAGUAGCUAAGAGAGAUCGCAAGUUUCAAUUGGUUUUAUGGAGGGAAGACGAGUCUGAGCCUAUUAAGGCCUAUGAACUUAAUACCGUAACAUACGGAAUGGCUAGCUCAAGUUAUUUAAGUACACGCUGUUUAUGGCAAUUAGGAGAAGAAAGUCCAGAUAAAAAAGUAAAAACCAUUAUACAACGAGAUUUUUACAUCGAUGAUCUAAUUACUGGAGCUGAAAAUGAACAUGAUUUGCGUUACAUUCACAAAGCUGUUUCCGAGGUCCUUCAAAAAGGUUGUUUUAAUCUUAGGAAGUUUAAAACCAAUUUACCGUCUAUUGUGCAAAACAACUCAAAUAAUGAUGAUUUAACAUUCAGUGAGUCAACAAGUACCUUGGGAAUUGGUUGGAAUCCGCCCACUGACACACUUCAUUUUCCUAUUAAAUUUCCAUGCUCUGUGAAAACCGCUAAUUUAAGUAAGCGUGCAGUACUUUCCUCUAUAUUUAGAAUAUUCGAUCCAUUAGGUUUAUUAAGUCCAUGUGUAGUAAGAGCUAAAAUUAUCUUGCAGCAAAUUUGGUUAUUAAAGGUCGGUUGGGAUGAACCAGUACCUGACAAUAUACAAAUGGAAUGGAAUAAUUUUGCUAGUCACUUACCCUCUAUUUCAUCAAUUCAAGUUCCAAGACGUGUUCUGUGUGAUGAGCCAGUAACUGUAGAGAUACAUUCUUUUAGCGAUGCCUCUCAAAGGGCGUAUGGUGCUUCUAUUUAUAUGCGAUCUGUUGAUUCUCAAAACAGAAUUUAUGUUACCCUUUUAUGUUCAAAAUCUAAAGUAGCUCCCGUAAAGGUAACUACUAUUCCACGCCUGGAAUUAUGCGCUGCAUUGCUAGCCGCUAAGCUGUGCAAAACAGUAAAGGAGUCACUCAGACACGAUGUACAGCAGCUUACUCACUGGUGUGAUUCUAGUGUAGUCCUAGAUGCAUCAGCAUGGCGUUAUGUUCCAACAUCUGUCAAUCCCGCUGACCUUAUAUCUAGAGGUGUCAGUCCGAAUUUUCUACAAACCUCAAAUUUGUGGUGGUCUGGUCCAUCGUUUUUUCAAGAGCCUGAAGAAGCAGUAAGUGACCUUACCAAGGAUGCAUUUGUGCUAACAUUUCGCAGAUUUGUGUCUCGUAGGGGCAAGCCAGCGGAAGUGUUUUGCGAUAACGGCCGUAAUUUUGUAUCAGGUGCCAAAGAAUUACAUAAUUUUUUCAAGAUUUCUAAAAAUUCUUUAUUGGAUUUUGCAAGUAGCGAAGGAAUAAAAUUUAACUUCACGCCUUCUUACGCUCCUCACUUUGGCGGCUUAUGGGAAGCGGGGGUGCGCUCCGCUAAGUAUCAUAUUAGGCGUGUCAUGGGAAAUUCAUAUUUAACUUUCGAGGAACUGUCAACACUAUUCUCACAGGUGGAAGCUAUAUUAAAUAGCCGUCCUCUUUGUCCUCUAUCUUCUUCCCCGAAUGAUUUCCAAUGCCUUACACCAGGACACUUUCUGAUCGGUCGGGCCAUAACGUCUCUUCCUGCACCAUCGCUAGAACAGGAGUCAUCAAAUAACCUUCAACGUUACUUUAGACUGGAACAAAUUCAUCAACAUUUUUGGCAGCGCUGGCAGCGGGAAUACAUAGCUGAGUUACAACAGCGCAAUAAGUGGAAGACAGGAUCCUCAAACUUGAACAUGGGUGAUUUAGUUCUUCUUCAAGAAGAUAACAUGCCACCACUUUGCUGGAGACUGGGUCGUGUGUCUAAAUUAUUUCCUGGACCUGAUGGAGUCUGCCGCGUAGCAGAUAUAAAUACUACAAGAGGCAUUGUACGCCGCCCAGUAGUGCGCCUUUGUCCCUUGCCAACGGAAGAAGAUCUACAGGGUUGA